AUGUCGCUGAAGCAGGACGGCGCCAUCAUGUUCGUCCUCACAGCCUUUGCCGUUGCUGUCCGCUUCUACAAGAUUUGGCAUCCCGAUCAGGUCGUCUUUGACGAGGUCCACUUUGGAAAGUUUGCCGCGUACUAUCUGCGAAGAGAGUACUAUUUCGACGUCCACCCUCCCUUUGCCAAGAUUUUGCACGCGUUCGCGGGCUGGCUGGCAGGCUUUGAUGGCAAGUUUGAGUUCGAAAACAUCGGCGACAAGUAUGUGACGGCGGGCGUGCCCUACAUCAAGAUGAGGGCUUUUCCCGCCCUCAUGGGUAGCGCACAGGUUCCUCUCCUUUACGCCAUCAUGCGCGAGACAGGCCAUGGACCAACAAUCGGCGCUCUCAGCGCAUGCCUCCUCAUCUUUGACAAUGCACACAUCGCCCAGGACCGCCUUAUCCUCCUUGAUGCCGCCCUCGUCCUCUUCAUGAUGCUCAGCCUCUAUACCUACAUCCUCUUCUACAAGGAGCGAUACAACGCGUUCUCGGUCCGAUGGUGGGGCUGGAUGAUGGCGACGGGCGUCAACCUGGCGCUUACGAUGAGCUGCAAGAUGGUGGGCCUCUUGACGUUUGGCACCAUUGGAUCAGCCGUUGCAAUCGAUCUCUGGAACUUGCUCGACAUCAAACGGGGCUAUUCGAUGGACUACAUGGCCAGGCACUUCUUCGCACGGGUGUGGGGCCUCAUCGUCGUUCCUGCCUUCGUCUACAUGUUUUGGUUCUGGGUUCACUUUGCUAUUCUUAUCAAGAGUGGCACCGGCGACGCAUUCAUGAGCUCGCAAUUCCAGGAAUCGCUACAGGGCAAUCCCAUGCUGGCUCAAGCUAAAGAACUCCACUGGGGUGAUCAGAUCACGCUCAGGCACAGAGCCACCGAGGCACUGCUUCACUCUCACAAUGACCGCUACCCGCUAAAGUACGAUGACGGGCGAAUCUCGAGUCAGGGUCAGCAGGUGACGGCCUACCCACACAAUGAUACCAAUAACAUCUGGCAACUCGUCCCUCCCGAUCUCAGCCUCCUGGAGGACGAUGAAGCGGAGAAGACGAUAAAGCACAUGGACCGUAUUCGGUUGCUGCACGUCAACAGCGACAGCUUUCUGAUGACCCAUGAUGUCGCCAGCCCUCUAAUGGCCACAAACGAAGAGUUUACCACCUGGCCGGCCAACGACUCGAGCCGGUUCAACGACACUCUCUUCGAAUUCACCAUCGACGGACAGAAGGAAGGGUCAAAGAAGACGUGGAAGAGCAAGAGCACCUGGUUCCGCUUGAUCCAUGUCCCCACCCGCGUCAGCCUGUGGACUCACACCGAGACGCCCCUGCCGGACUGGGGCUACGGCCAGCAAGAGGUCAACGGCAACAAGAAUGCUCUCGACCGGACCGCCCUCUGGUUCGUCGAAGACCUAUGGCCAGACCAGACCGCUUCAGACUUUGAAGAACGCAGCAAGCCAUCCCCCCCGCGCCAGGUCAAGAAGAUGAACUUUUUCAAGAAGUUUAUCGAGCUGCAGCUCCAGAUGCUCCAGCAGAACAACCACCUUACGCAAAGCCAUCCGUACGCAUCGGGCCCCAUCAAUUGGCCAUUUACGCUCCAAGGCAUCAGCUUCUGGACAGACAAUGACGCCCUCAAGCAAAUCUACCUCGUGGGCAAUCCGGCCAGUUGGUGGUUGAGCGUCCUCUGCGUGUCUGUCUAUGUCGGCAUCAUGGCAGCCGACACAAUGGCCCGCCGAAGAGGCUUCUACCCAAUCCCUACUUCGAUUAGAACGAGGAUGAUCAACUCCGUCGGCUUCUUUGUCCUUGCAUGGUCGUUCCACUACCUGCCGUUCUUCCUCAUGAACCGGCAGCUCUUCAUUCACCACUACCUGCCCGCCCACGUUUGCGCGUGCCUCGUCAUGGGGUCCGUCUUCAACUUUAUUGCGACCGAGACGGUGAAUGGACCGCUGUCUCGGCCCGGACCUGCGCUCCUGAGCGAUCGGCUGCGGAUGAAAGGCACGCUGCGUCGCACAACACUCAACGAGAUCCCGCGGCCGGUCAAGGCCAUCGCCGGCGGCAUCGUAGGCGUCGUCAUUGUCGUCUUUUGGCACCUCGCUCCGCUCACAUAUGGCGACGUGGGCCUGAACCCAGACGAGAUCCAGGCGAGAAAGUGGCUGCAGUGGAGCCUUCACUUUGCAAAGUGA